GGCACAAAACAACGAAUUACUGAAAACAAAAUACUUAUUUCAAUGUAUGUGGUUCUUUUAUGUACGUGAAGGCACAGCGAAUUUAAAUACACUGUACUGACUGGCGAGCAUGAUAUGAGAAAACCAGAGGGCACGGAAACUGUACACAACGUGUCACGCAUAGUGACAUAUCCUCAUUUUAAUCGUGUCACAGGUCAGCAUGACAUCGCAUUGCUGGAACUGACCGACAUGGUGGAGUUUAACAGGAUGGUCAGUCCUGUGUGCCUGCCCCACCCUGGGGCAAACUUCCUGGGCAGGGACUGUGUAGUGACCGGUUGGGGGGACACGAAAAACACAGGUGACCCGGAAGUUCUUCAGUGGGUGAUCGUACCCGUGAUUGGCCCAUCCGAGUGUCAGCGGAAAUACCCGAAGAGUUCUCGCCAUAACAUCUUCUCAUCGAACAUUUGUGCCGGAUCUCGCCAUAAAGACUCUUGUGGAGGAGAUUCGGGAGGACCCCUAGUGUGCCGCACAGAAGGUCGCUGGGUGGUAGCGGGUCUGGUCUCCUGGGGUGAAGGUUGUGGCACCUCCCACCCGGGGGUGUACACAAACGUGCCCAGUUACGUUGCCUGGAUAGCCCAGACAGUCGGGGAGUGA